CGUUCAGCUGAGAGGGAGGGGUGCGGGGGCGAGAGGGCGAGGCCGGAGCAUUCGGGCCAGGAAGGCGGUGGUGAUGAACGCCGACCGGUGGGCCGCGGCCAAACUCUUGCCCGAGGGAACUAUUCCCGACGAGAAGAGGGAGGAGGCCGAGGGCACCCCGAAGACGAUGUCGUUCAUGCACCUUCAUCUCGGCAUCGACGGGGACCUGCCGCCAGGAACAGACCCUCACUACACGGUCGUGAACCGGUGGAACGACACGCUCGGGGAGCAAAACAUGAUCGCAGUGUCUCUUCCGACUCUCCUCGACCCAUCGCUGGCGCCCCCCGGACAUCACAUCAUCCACGCCUACGCAGCAGCGAACGAGCCGUACGAGCUGUGGGAAGGACUAGACCGACGAAGCAAGGAAUACAAGGACCUCAAGGAGGAGAGGGCGGAAGCUCUCUGGGAGGCGGUGGAGCGCGUGGUUCCGGAUGCUCGGAAGCUGGCCAAGACUGUCCUCGUCGGAUCCCCCCUCACCCACGAGCGCUUCAAUAGGCGAAGCUAUGGCACCUACGGCCCAGCGUUCGAGGACGGCGCCAGCGCUUUCCCAAACCCUGUCGACAUACCCCUAGAAAACUUUUACUCCUGCGGGGACUGCGUGUUUCCCGGGGUCGGGGUGCCGGCCGUCGCCGUCUCCGGGGCAAACGUGGCGAACUCUUGCGUGGGCCCUCUGGCGCACCUGCGGCUCAUCAACCGCCUCCAGAGGGAUUUGAAGUUAACCGCCCAAGCUUCAGCCGGCGGCGGCGGUGGUAGAUGAAUGAUGCCGGUGGCGAUCACGUGUGAAACACCGUGAGAGCGUUUUGAUACAUUGAUGCCAUAGCUUUUUGCCCCCCAUGGCGGCCACACGUGACACGCUGUGAGAACGUUAUGAUACAUGGAUGGCAUGUUUUUUGCCACCCAUGAGCUAGGUAGGAUCUGAUGGCUUUGGGUUUCAAUUUAUUGGUGCACACGGCGACUUCGCUGACUACGAUGUUGGACGUUUCCAACCAAGUGUCGGCACGCUCGUGUGGGGGAUCGUCAUGUGUGCAUGGACCUGAAGAUUUUUCGACAAGCGGCCAGGUGUACUGUACCAAAAAUCUGCUGGUUGGUGUCAUUGCUCAGAAUAGUACCAUCGCAUAACUGGCGUGCCUGUAUAACACUGUAAGCCGCCGUGUAUUUGGCUCAUGACGAAAGCAGAAAUCGGAGUUGUCGCUUUUGGGGGUGUCUUGGAAGAGCCGUCCAUGUGUGUGUGCGCAAGUACAAAUUGUUCACUUAGCAUGAUAGCAUUUCUGCUGAGAGGCGGAGGUGUUCGUACACCUCAGAGUUAGGGCAGCGUGGCGUCACGUGGGCAAGGAGAUACGACUAAACAAAAGUGGGUAACACCUUGGUGCCGUUACAGCCGUUGCAUGCAGAACAACGACACCAUCGGCUUACGCGUCGAUGGUUCGAGGAGACUUUUUGGGGAGAAUUGCGCAUGGUUUGACUUUUCCCGAAGCUGCGCCCGCUAGCAUUGCCGCAAACCAGACUGUGCGGCGUAUAAUGCCGAUAGCCUGCUGACACAUUUAUGAAAGUGUUCCAGGAUGUGAAUAUCUUCCUUGGCCGGUACAUCUGCUAUCUAUCGCAGCCGCGUGUGUGCGUUAAACAUGCGGAUAGCCCAGGAUCCACGUGUUGGAUUAUUAUGGUGAAGUGAAGUUUUGGACUGGAUGCUGUUGAUCUGUUAUACGAAGAAGACGAUAUGCAUUUCGGGGAUAAAUCCAUUUCCGUCCUCGGGAUUAUCGAUUGAUUAUAUGUUCGUCGCUUCACUUUUUCCGGAGUUGGGUCUCCCCGAUCCCUGCGGUUGGCAAUGCUGUUGCACAGCAUGGAUUAUUCAGGACGGUGCAGAGAAGCAGAGAAGCCCACCAUCCCAGCGCGCCUUUGGAGCGAGCGAGGGACCGGC